GAGACGACGACCUCGCUCUUUGAUCUGCAGACAUCGCACACGAUUCAACCGCACGAACAAUUGCCACUCUCCCUUGCCUCGUCCCACACAGAUCUACCCCUCGAUUUCUGCCUCGACAUGCUCCACCGACGUGCCCUACACCCAUCGACAUGAGUCCCGUCGCAUCGAACGGCCCUCCCCACUCGCGGGGCUCUUCGAUCAAUGGAGGGGUUCCUGUCAAUGCUGCGAAUGGCGUGAGGGCCAACGGAAUGGAUGGGAUGAAGGGUGCGAACCGGGUCUUCUCCCAUUUGGACGACCUGUUGACGGCGAGACCGAACGUGGACAUGAAUUGGCCACUGCGACGGCUGCUCCAGGAAGGAGACCUGCUCGCCAAGCAAGCAGACACACACCUGGACUUCAAACGGCCUGAUGUGGCUUUGCAGGAGUACAUCAAGGCCUCAAUACUUGCCGUGGAAAUAAUUCCCCGCCACAAGGACUACCCCUCCCUCCACACGGAUCGGGGUGAGUUGUAUCGUCUCUACGACCGCUUGAAAAAACGCAUUAGUACCCAACACGAGAAAUUUGCAGAGGUCAAACAAGCCAUCAAGGAAAACAAUAUUAGGAGCGGUGUGAAGUCAACAUUGCAUUCGAGCUCGGAAAGAACAGAGGUGAACGGAGGCAAGAACGGGCAUGAGCGGGCACAAUCAACUCAGAAUCCAGCAAUGAACGGUUCUGCUUCGAAUGGAACACCCUCUCGGAAAAAACCACCUGUACAACCGAAGCCAGAGGCUCUCCACGGGAAUGCAAUCCAUCCCACCAGCGGAGGCAGCGUUCCACCUACCGAUUUGGCUGCUCGUUUUGCAAACCUUCGCACCCCCGAGCCAAAACAAGAUCCUCGAAUUAGAACCCAGCCGAUUUCAAUCCCUGGUCUAGCAGGACCAACCACGAGUCCAACGCAGACGGGGAAUCAUACGACGAACAAACCAACUGGCCUACAUGAUUUUCCAUCCGUUCCUAGGACCUUGCCACGAUCGACUCCACUGCCACUCGAUAUCGGCAUACCCUCGAUGCCAAAACCCCCAGCGGCUGUCUAUGAUAGCCCUAUACGCGGCCCAGAGACAGCUUCCGCCAAUCUUCUCUCGAGCCGUAGCUCAUCCUAUAGAAAUAGCGCGAGAGAAAAUGCUGCCCCUCCUAUAUCGACAGUUGGACCAACACCGACAUUAGUAGAUGAUCGGUCAGACUAUUUUGCCCAGCCAGCGCAUACUUCCGGCGACGAUGGCUAUGCUCGGAAACAGCAGAAACGAGCCCCCGUCUUAUCAGACUCUCCCACCGUCUCAGCAGAAGAACUUGUGGAUUUGCUAGCACAGAGCUCACAAUCUUUCCGCAUCCUACUUGUUGAUCUUCGAAGCCGGGAAGAAUUCGAUAAUGGUCACAUCCUGUCGCAAUUCAUUAUUUGUGUGGAGCCGAUUACUCUGAAGCAUGGAAUCUCGGGUGAACAGCUAGCACAAAGUAUGGUGAUUGCACCAGAUCUCGAGCAAAGUCUGUACGACCAGAGAAAUGAGUUCGACCUGCUUGUAUUCUAUGAUCAAUCAUCCGACUCACUAAAGUCUUCGAACUCCGGGGACAGCGAAACACAGAGUACUUUAAACAAUUUUGUUGCUGCGGUCUUCGAGUACGGAUACGAUAAAAGAACGAAACGAUGUCCUAAACUCCUCUCUGGUGGGGUCGAUGCUUGGGUAGACUUUCUGGGCCCCAAUUCGCUGAAGACCUCUCUCAAUGGCGCAACCCUGGAUGCUGCCCGAAAUGGGUUGAAGCCAGGCCGUCCUCUGAGCCGAACCUCAAUGGCUCGCGCACGGAAUCUUCCAAUAAAGCGACGAAGAACGUAUUCCUCCCGCCCCUUGACCAAAGAAGAAGAGCACAAAUGGGAUAGUGCACUUAAGGAAGAGAGCGCUACCCGAAGUCCUACAACGCCUGAUGGUUCACAAACUGAGGAUCUGGUCUACGCAAGAACUACCGAAGACUUUUUCCGUCGAUACCCAGAAUUACCCGCCAUCCAAGAAUCCAUGGUUAAGCCUAUAUCCGACUCAACUGCACCGCAGACCUAUCAAGACGAAUUUGCCAGCAGCGUUCCUAGGCCUCCAGCACGCCCAGCUCCUGCUCUUCCAAGACAGCGAUCAAGUGGAAUUUCGGAGCGAGGUCCCAUAACCCAAUAUGCACACACUACCGGCGACUCGAUCACAAAGUACCGUGUGACUCCAGGCCUUACCGGUCUUCAGAAUCCGAACAAUCUUUGCUAUAUGAAUUCAGCGAUUCAAGCGUUGAGUGCCACGCCUUUCCUACGGGACCUCCUGUUGAAUCACCAGUACCCUCCGACAAUACCGAUUCCAAGGAAGGAAAGCGAGUCAAGUGACCCACCGCAAUUGAUGGUGAGAAGCCUUGGCAACCUACUGGGCCAUAUAUGGAGCGGUCAAUAUGAUUACGUGACGCCCCAUACCUUAAGGAAAUAUGUGAAUUCAAUACAUGCGGGGAGACAAACCGACUCCAGAGUACGAGACAGAGCAUUUGGUGGUCCUGCCAGACAACAUGACUCAAUGGAAUUCUUCCAUUUCCUGAUAGAUAUUCUUAUGGAUGAGAUGAACCCCCGGCGGAACAUCAAAGAAUGGGCAUUGGACUCCCCGAUGGAGAUCAAAAACUUUAACUCAAUACCUUCCACCCUUUGGGCUACCAAUCAGUUUCGGAAGAAUUGGAUGUACAACAAAGGCUCUGACCUGGCCGACAAAACUGAUCUCAUGGAGAUGUCACUCUUCAAGUGCGAGAACUGCGGGGCCGAACGCAGAAACUGGCAGAACAACCCCCUAAAACUUGUUUUCGUAAAGAAACACCCCGAAAGGCAAAAUCUCGCUAAUGCCCUAGCUCAGGAUAUGGGUCCUAAAACGGAGGAGGACGUCGAAUUUGGAUGCGAGUCUUGUGGUAAGGUGAACGCAGACGGCUCGGCCGUCGUACAAGGGAGAGCAAAGGCCUGGAGAUACCAAGUCUGGCUUCCCGACUUUCUCUGGAUCAACCUCAACCGCUACACCAGCGAGAUGGAGAAAGUCAACACCGUCUUCACCUUCCCGGAAUACGGAGUUGAUCUUAGCGCCACAUUUGCGCCCAACAACCCGCCCUCACCUCAUCCUCUGCCGCGCCAGCAAACGGGCCCGUUCUUGUACGAUGUCUAUGCUGUGAUUCAGCAUGGCGGAGGCUCGAUUGCCCAUGGCCAUUACUGGACCAUACAGAAGAAUUUUGAUAAGCCGAAGAAUGGCGGCAGUGGCGCGGGCGCGUGGCAUAAGUUCAACGAUUCCGUUGUCACGCCGGCCAGGUUUUCGGAUACACAGUCGAUGAAUACGAGCGCUAUCUUCCUGGUGAGGCAGGGGAGUUAUACGCCUGUGUUGUGAGGGCUCCGCAGUCAAUCCGGAAAUGAACGGCCUAAGCAUGGGGUCAGAUACGAAUUGGUGAUUUAUUUGGUGUUUGGUGUUUGGUGUUUGGUGAUAGAGUGGGCGUUUUCCGCAUUUGGUCGUAAACGAAGCAUUGACGGACAGCGGAGC